CUGCGUUAGAACACGUACACAAGAAGAAGACGAAUCAGUGCGGAAACAUUUGUCAAAAUGAUUGGAGAUCUUUUACUUUUCGGAACUCUUCUGAUGAACGCUGGAGCUGUGCUCAACUUUAAACUGAAGAAAAGAGAGACGCCGUCUCAGGGAUUUGGAGAUGAAUCUCGGGCAUCCAGUACAGGUGACAACAUCAGACAGUUUCUAUUGAGUCUACGGUACUUUCGCAUAUUCAUCGCCCUCUGGAACAUCUUCAUGAUGUUUUGCAUGAUAUUGUUAUUUGGAUCAUAAGGAUUACAACAAAUACCAAGGAAUCAUCGCAAAAUGCUGUCAGGCUUGUUUCUUGUAAAGAUGUUUAUUUAACUGUUGGAUGUUUUAAGGUCUUAAGUCAUACGUUGUGUUGAGGGAUGCACAUUGUACUUUCUGUAAAUGGGAUUUGUUUAGAAUGGUUGUUCACUAUCAUUUGUUUAAUUGGCCAAAUACGGUCAUUUCACUAAACUGGAGUCAAGUUUUCAAAAGUCAAUUUUGUACAGAACCGAGGUUUGUUUUAUACACUAAAAGACUAGCUGUUUGUGCAAUAAAAAAAUCAAGCAGUCAUUAAAAUAUUCUACAAAUUAA